UUUCUGUCUCCGUAUAUAGAGCGGUUGGGUAUCAACUGCAACUUUUUCUUUAUAUCUUCAACCUUCUUUCACUGGACGCCUCUCAUAAUUUUCAGACAAAAGUUUGUAUUUUUUUUCAUUAAUUAUUGAAUUGAAGCAAAAUCAACAAUCAAUCUCGUAAGGACAAAUGCUGGACCUAUUCCAAUUUCAUCUUGGAUUGUUUUAGGACUCAUCGCUGACUGUGGCUAAGAUAUAGACUAGUACUGCAUUGUAUUCAACACUUAUUGCUUCCAGAUGUCUAGGACUGUACAACGUUGAAAAUAAAUACGGCUCGUGAAGUUUUGCCAUUAAUUGCAUUCUAGAGUGGCAUAAGGAUUGUAUAGUAAUUCGUUCAGUAAUACUGACCAAAGUUGCAAGUUUCAGAAGAACCAGUGUAGAGAAGAGACUUGGUGUAUUUCUUGGUGAGUAUGCUUGCCCGAAGUCGUAGAUGUGGGUAAUGUUUGUUUAUUAUGUGUUCAACUGCCUCAUGAUAAAUUCUUUAAUAUCUAUCCCUUCAUUUGCUAGCUCACAUGCAUAUCAGUGCACACUCCUUUUUGUUUAGGUUCUUGUCCCAAUGCAAAAUUGUAAAUUUUCUGAGAGGUUACUGAUUUGUGGGAAAUGGCCUGACAACAUAAUCAUGUAGGAAGCCGAAAUGAUUAUGCACUCUAUUUUCCAAGCAAGAAAAGAAAAUAAGGAGAUGGGAAAACAUUAGUCCUAUAGAAUAGACGACAGAGCUGAAUAGACUGAAUAAUUUUGCUAAGAUAGACAAUAAUGCUCUACAUAUAUAUUUCGACAUGCAUGAGAGAACUUUCCGUAUUGGCUAGCGUCCUCCAAGCACCGGAGAACGAAUCAAAUAGUUUUUCGUGUAAAUCAUACUACCCACUAGUACAUUUGACUUGCAUGGAUUGGUCGAUGAUCUUAUACUCAAACUCAGUUAAGACAUUGUGGAUGUACUACCUUUGUUUCUGUUGCAGGUUCAAAAAAUUUAAUAUAUUGGUUAUGUUUAUCAUAUUGUGGCUUCCUAUUCUUACCUUCAGUUUAGAGAAUAUUACUGCCAAAGAUGUUAAGUUCUCAUACUAAAGAACAGUGUACCGACUCUAUAGGUCAUGUAUUUUCCAGAACUUGGUUUGUUAUCUAGAUGUAGUUGUUAGGAGUGGUUAAGUUAGUGAGUGCUCGCAGGUUUGGAACUCCAAAAUGUAUCAGAGGUAACAUAAAAGAGGUUGUUGGUAGCUGGCCUGGGAUCAUGAAUUGUCCGCGAGUUCUUAACAUGUAUAAGGAUUCAUGUGCCCUGCUAUUUCUUUUUUCUCUUCAGUGGAUGUGUGUUGUGAUGGCGAGUGUGUUAAUAUAAAUAUUGUCUGGAUUAUUAAUAUGGAAGAGAAUGUCUGUCAAUAGGCGGGUAGUGGUAUUUCUCUCAGCCGCGAACUUGUAUAAAGAUUCUUUCUCUGGGGUCUCCUUCCACCUUUCGUUAGCUACGCUUUAAACAAUUUCCAGCAAUGUUUUUUCUUUAGUUUGACUACGCCAUCCACCUCUAAUUAUAGACAGCAAAGGCCCCUAGUCAAAGUAUAAUAACAUGGGGGUGCAAGGGUGAAAAUGCACUCAGAAAAGGAGCAACUCCCUUGCCUAAGCAAAGCUACUACUAGCAGCCCCUUUACUAGUAAGGGAAAGCAUAGCGCAUAAGAACCUCGGAUAGUGCAAAUCCACUCUCCUAGCACCGCCGGAAGAAUUAUAAUAAAUGUAGAGGGAGAAAGCAUGCAGCUUUAUAAAUACUUUUUGUUUGCUUCGCCUCGAAGUAAAUUUGUUUGUUAUUCAUAAGUUCAUUAGUUUGCACAAUCUCGUUCAUUAUUUUCGUAUAACAUGAGGAGUCGGGGUAUUCAAAACGGUUUGCUUUCUGUCUGUCAUGUUACGAAGUGUCCUGUUUCAUUAUUGCUGUUGCAUUAAUCUGGUGGUUCCAUUGUUUUUAGUAACACUUUAUAGUGUACGUAGAUGGCUAGUAGGAAACGAAGCAUCUCAAAUGAUGUAGAUAUGCAUGUCCUUUACAAGGAAUUGGAUGAAGCUUCAUGCCCUGUAUGCAUGGAUCAUCCACACAAUGCUGUUCUUCUCAUUUGUAGCUCUCAUGAUAAGGGAUGCCGGUCAUACAUUUGUGAUACAAGUUAUCGACAUUCAAAUUGCCUGGAUCGUUUCAAAAAACUCAGAGCCGAAAAUAGGGACAGUCCUCCUAUUAUGACACAGGGAAACCUGGACAUUGCUGUUGAGAACCCCGAUGAGCAGUUGAGAAAUUUAAGCGAUCGUUCUGUUGUUCAUGGAAAUAGUAACAGAGAUAAUCACAUGGAGAUGCAUGAAGGUACUGUACAAACUUCAGGUGCUGCUACUGUAUGGGGAAGUAGUCAAGAAACAGCGAGUGCUGACGGCUCAUCUGACUCAAAAUUGAAAUUGAAGUGUCCUAUGUGCCGUGGAGAUGUAUUAGGCUGGAAAGUAGUGGAAGAAGCCAGAAAGUAUCUGAAUUUGAAGAAUAGAAGUUGCUCUCGUGAAUCAUGCUCAUUCGUUGGUAACUACAGAGAAUUGCGCCGGCAUGCUAGGAGAGUUCACCCGACAGCACGCCCUGCUGAUAUUGACCCUUCCAGACAGCGAGCUUGGAGACGGCUUGAAAGCCAAAGAGAGUAUGAUGACAUUGUCAGUGCUGUUCGCUCUGCCAUGCCUGGUGCCGUCGUGCUUGGAGAUUAUGUGAUUGAGAGUGGAGACAGGCUAUCCGGUGAAAGAGAACGAGGCGCGGGUGGAAACAGCAGGUGGUUGAGUACCUUCUUCUUGUUUCAGAUGAUUGGUUCAAUGGACCCAAUAUCUGAAGCAAGAGGUGGCAGGUCAAGAGCUUUGUCAAGGCACCGUCGGUCCACUGGACCUUUAUCUAGGCGCCGCUAUCUUUGGGGUGAAAACCUGCUAGGUCUACAAGACGAUGACGAGGAUGAAGAUGAGCGUGAUCUUAACAUAUUGAGUGACAUGAGUGGUGACAUACCUACAAAUCCAAGAAGGCGUAGGCGGUUGAUGCGGUCGAGGUCAGAUGAAGAUCAGCAAUAGGACCUUACAACCUCUGCUCAUGGAUUGAACUAAUGAAUCGUACAGGAAGUACCAUUUGCUGUUCGACACUGGAUCAAUUAGAAUUUUCUUGUGGUCCACUUUGCUACAGCAAGACAGUGUGCAAUUUAGAGACUUGUUAUGGAUGAGCUUCAGAGACUGGAGAA